AUGAGCAGUUGGAAAAGACGGCCAGCAAUCUCGUUUCCGGCACCCGGUGAACUUGACCAGCCCGUCAUAGGUAGGUGUCAUUUUAUUGUUUCCAUUUGAAAAACAUGCCACUCAUUGUCACAUGUUCCGAUCUUCAAAAGUUCAGGAUUUGAUUACAAAAACGAUGUUCCGUUGCUAUCACCAAUUCACCAGCACGUUUACCGACCGUCCAGCCUCCAACAGGUACUGAUCUUCUCCUACAUUUUGUCUGACGACACAAAAUUUGGAAACCUGAUCUCGCGUCCUGUCUUGAGUGAUAACCGCAAGGACAUUCAUUCUUUUUUCAAAGUACACCGCGUUUUUGUGGCCCGUACGGCAAACUUGAUCGGCAAGUUGGUAGUUGAUAAAAAGGAAAAGAAAAAGGAAGUUUGAGAGGACUGAACUCUGUUCUUGCCAAAUCUUCUUUACGUCAACCGGAUUGACAGGUGUAUGCCAGACUGCCAGGAGGUUUUCUAGGCGGCAAUGAAUUGAGAUUUGCAAAAAAUCUAGCCCGGAAAUAUCACAUCAGUGACUAUACUAAAAGUAUAUUUUACGGGCAGGUAAUUUGAAUUGUUUUUUGCUGCAUCAUUAGUUCUUUGAGUCUGACGUUUUUGCUUUUUGCUUUCCGGAAAUGAACACUUAAAAACAGCAACAAAGCAAUAAAAACGCUCAUCUCAUCGCAAUCCCAGAACUUUGAUCACUGACUACAAGAAAUUUUGUACCCCCUACAUUCUGGAAAGAUGCAAUGUUUUGAUAAUCCGUGUACAUAUGUUUGCAUCUCCGACUUUUUAUUAAUAUCAUCAUGUCAACCAAACCCGUCGGCCAGGAUGUGCUAGGUGUUGUAAAGUCGGUGCCGAAAGCGAAAAGAGCCUCGGCUGUCUUCUUUCGCGUUUCUGACUGAUUCUUUGCCCUCAGUACCCCGAAAACGUUUCGAUUAUUUAUUACUAUGCCCGAAAAUUCGAACAUUCAUAGCAAGAAAAUCUAUCAUCGUUUCGCGACGAGACGAUCCAUUCAGCUUUCCGGGUCGUUGCACCCAAAUAUCACUUUGCACAAGGUAAAAAAUAUGAGUUUACCUUUUGGGAUCUGAACAUUUUUGAAGUUUUUUUCAAGUUUUGUUCCAGGUCGUGGAUGAAACUCAUUUCUCAAAAAACGAAGUCCGAGCAAUCUACCGAGCAUUCAAAGAAACGUCUCCAAAUGCUGUUAUCAACAAAAGUAUUUGGCAGAAGUUGACGAGAGCUGACAAAACAAAACAUCUUGUUUGCAGAUAUCAUGAGAGAGAAGUUCGCCGAGCUUUUUCCUCACGGCGAUAUCGAACACUACGCCGACCUCCUCUUCGAAACUUUUGACAAUGAUGGAAACGGAACGAUCAACUUUCAGGUUGGAAAAAAGUAAAUGCAGAGUGUUUAAGUGAAUGGAUUCAAGGAAUUUGUCAAAGCUCUCUCGAUUCUCUGCCGUGGGACCAUGGAUGAAAAGUUGGAGUGGCUUUACAAGUUGUAUGAUCCAAAAGAAAAGGGAGAAAUCACUUGGGACCGACUUUUUUAUGUUAUCACUUCCAUGGACGAUCUGAUGGGUGAGUUUCAGACUUGUUGCUUGCAGGGACAGACCGGGUUUCAGUUCUAUAUCUUUUUCAAUUUUUUUCCCCUACUAGUCUGGUAAGUUUUUUUCUUUUCCUCCAAAACGGUCCCUUCCAAACAAUGUACUUUCAGGCAGACACGCAAAACCCCAUCACACGAGGGAGCAGAAAUGCGAACGAGCAAACCAGGUCUUUGCGGUCAGUGACUCACUCUGAGAACGACCUUAAAUAGAGUUUCGGUACUCAAAAGGCAACGUAUCGCUAGUGACUCAACUGUACUAAUUCAACAAAAAAAAACUGGUUACGGUACUGACAUUAGAUAGUGGUGUGUUGUUCCAUUGUUCUUCUGACCGUUAGCGAGUAGACGAGAGAGCACUAACUGUUUAGUCAUAGUGCCAGGUACAAACAGAACACGUACUCAACACUUUUGAUUUCAGAAAUUCGACAUUGACAAAAAGGGACGGAUAACAAAGAAGGACUUCAUUCAUGUGUGCAAAACGGACCAAACCAUCUUGAACUCGAUUUCGGCACUCUAUACUCUUCUUCCCGGAUAA